ACAGUCCGAUGGCCACCGUCAAGAAGUCUGUUGCUUCAUUCGGGUCCUCCCCUGCAAUGCUGGCUUUACUGUUUCUGGCUCUCGUCCUGCAAAACCAUGUGGUGAAAUCCCAAGAACCCAGCUGCCCAACCACCCUCGCAAACCUCAAUGUAUGCGUCCCGUUCUUGGUGCCAGGGUCAGGGCCAGCUGAUAACCCCCCAAGCGCUGAAUGCUGCAACGCAGUACAAGCAGUGAAAGAGGAUUGCAUUUGCAACACUCUCCAAAUUGCUUCCCGUCUUCCAACUAGGUGCAACCUCCCCGUCCUCAACUGCUGUGAGUACUAAUCUCCCUGGCCUCUUUAAUUCUACUACUAAAUGGAUUUUUAAGUUCUUGAUCUCCAAAAUCUAC